AUGAGUUAUCUGGUAUACUGAAGAAACUUUCCUUAGAAAAAUAUCACCCUAUAUUUGAAGAGCAAGAGGUUGAUAUGGAGGCUUUCCUCACAUUGACUGAUGAUGAUCUCUCAGAGUUAGGCAUUUCCCAUGUAGAAUCUCGUAAACAGAUACUCACUGAAAUUACUGAAUUAAACACAGGAAAGGCUCGUGACAGACGACAAUUCCAUGAUACAAUGACAAAUUUCCAGACUACUUUAAAAGCAAAACAGAUGUCUGAUGCUGGAAGUUCCAAUGGCAGUAAUAUAGAACAAAUGUGGCUAAACCCUGGCGAGGUGGACCCAGACUCCUAGGAAAAAAUAGUGUCAGAAUGUAUCUCAUAACUCUGCAUCACUAAAUCAACCCAUUCAUUCAUAAAUCAUCAUUAGACAGUGCAGUGUCUUUCCAGUGUAGUUGUUGAGAGCCUAUACAUCUCAUUUAACUAUACAUCUCAUUUAACUAAAGGUUGAUGCUAAGAACUGGUUUGUAUACAAAAUAAUGAACAGAAGGCUGUCUUGGGUUUUUUCUCUUUGUAAAGUUGGAAAUUCACCUAAAGAUCUUUAGAUAAAGCACAGACGGGAGCCUUGGGUUUUCCCUCUUUGUAAGGUUGGACAUAUACCUGAAGAUCUUAAAAUAAUGCACAGAAGGGUGCCUUUCGUUCUCCUCUUUGUAAAGUUGGAAAUUUUCCGAAAGAUCUUAAUAGUACUAGUGUUGCCCAACCAUCUUAAAGGAGGAAAACAGAUCAUCAUGGUAAUAUAUUACCUUUAGGUCAAUAGUUGAUGUUUACUUGUCAUAUUUUUCUUAUAUAUAUAAAAACUGAUAAAUAAUAGAAAUAUUGUUGACAUAUCUCUUUCAUUUUUGAAGAUCAUUCAUAAAUGCUAUAUUUUUGUCAAAAUGUAGUUCAAAUUAUUGGAAAAUGGUAAAAAUUGAUUAUGACUUUUCUAACACUGAUUAUUCUUAACCCUUGUGUUUUGAAAGUUAGCUCAGAAAGUAGUGUAAUAUAUAUAUAUAAGAAAAUGAAUCUGCAAUUCUGUCUCAAGAAAUAUUUAUGUUUUUGUUCAAAGUAUGUACAAUUAUAAUGUAAUGUUAAAACUUAUAUAAUAAUAUGUUUAUGUCUUGUUUUAGAUUGGGUUAUAUUAUUAGAUUGUGAAAACCUUGUUUUGUUUCUUAAAAAUUUUAUGUGAAGUCUAAUACUGCAAAAUCAUUAUUUUUAUACCCCCGCACAACAAAGUUGUAAGGGGGGUAUACUGGAAUCAGCUUGUCCGUCCGGCCGUCCGGCUCUCCGGCCGUCCGGCCGUCCAUCGGUUUUUUCUUGUCCGCCCAAUAACUUGAGAUUCCUUUGACCCUUAGUCUUCAUAUUUGGCAUUGAGGUUAGUCAUGAUAAGUAGAUGACCCCUAUUGAUUUUGAGGUCACUAGGUAAAAGGUCAAGGUCACAGGGGCCUUGACUUCAAAAAGCUUGUCCGCCCAAUAACUUAAGAUUCCUUUGACCUACAGUCGUCAUAUUUAGCAUGGAGGUAAGUCAUGAUUAGUAGAUGACCCCUAUUGAUUUUGAGGUCACCAGGUCAAAGGUCAAGGUCACAGGGGCCUUGACUUCAAAAAGCUUGUCCGCCCAAUAACUUUAGAUUCCUUUGACCCAUAGUCUUCAUAUUUUGCAUUGAGGUUAGUCAUGAUUAGUAGAUGACCCCUAUUGAUUUUGAGGUCACCAGGUCAAAGGUCAAGGUCACAGGGGCCUUGACUUCAAAAAGCUUGUCCGCCCAAUAACUUAAGAUUCCUUUGACCCACAGUCUUCAUAUUUGGCAUUGAGGUUAGUCAUGAUUAGUAGAUGACCCCUAUUGAUUUUGAGGUCACCAGGUCAAAGGUCAAGGUCACAGGGGCCUUGACUUCAGAAAGCUUGUCCGCCCAAUAACUUUAGAUUCCUUUGACCCAUAGUCUUCAUAUUUUGCAUUGAGGUUAGUCAUGAUUAGUAGAUGACCCCUAUUGAUUUUGAGGUCAAAGGUCAAGGUCACUGGGGCCUUGACUUCAAAAAGCUUGUCUGCCCAAUAACUUUAGAUUCCUUUGACCCAUAGUCUUCAUAUUUUGCAUUGAGGUUAGUCAUGAUUAGUAGAUGACCCCUAUAGAUUUUGAGGUCACCAGGUCAAAGGUCAAGGUCACAGGGGCCUUGACUUCAAAAAGCUUGUCCACCCAAUAACUUAAGAUUCCUUUGACACACAGUCCUCAUAUUUGGCAUGGAGGUUAGUCAUGAUUAGUAGAUGACCCCUAUUGAUUUUGAGGUCACCAGGUCAAAGGUCAAGGUCACAGGGGCCUUGACUUCAAAAAGCUUGUCCGCCCAAUAACUUAAGAUUCCUUUGACCCACAGUCUUCAUAUUUGGCAUGGAGGUUAGUCAUGAUUAGUAGAUGACCCCUAUUGAUUUUGAGGUCACCAGGUCAAAGGUCAAGGUCACAGGGGCCUUGACUUCAAAAAGCUUGUCCGCCCAAUAACUUAAGAUUCCUUUGACCCACAGUCUUCAUAUUUGGAAUGGAGGUUAGUCAUGAUUAGUAGAUGACCCCUAUUGAUUUUGAGGUCACCAGGUCAAAGGUCAAGGUCACAGGGACUUUGACUUCAAAACGUUUGUCUGCCCAAUAACUUUAGAUUCCUUUGACCCACAGUCUUCAUAUUUGGCAUGGAUGUUGAUCAUGACUAUAAGGUGACCCCUAUUGAUUUUGAGGUCACUGGGUCAAAAGUCAAGGUCACAGGGACCUUGACAAAAAAAAAGCUUUUCUUCUCAUUUGCUAAAGAAUGUCCUGUCCGCAAUGUAUUGAUUUUGACAUUUUCACAUUUGAAGCAUGUAGAAUACAUAAUUUAGCAAUGCACUGGCUUAGUAACCUCAGAUUUGGCAGGGAGGUUGUCCUUGAGCUCUAAAUGGCCACUGUUGAUUCUGACAAAGUGGUAUGCGGGGGUAUUCACGCCAUGAUAGUGGCAGUUCUAGUUUGUGGAGAACUAAUUUCCGUGGUUUUCAUUAAUAUUUAAUAUCCAACGAAAUUUUCCUGUCAUCUGCUGUAAGAUUAUAUUGCAUUGCAUUAUUUACAUUAUACUUUUUUAAGAAAAUAAACAGUCCACAAAUUUAAGAACCCACAAAAUUUGUUCUUUGUGACAAAACCACGAAAUUUCAUCCCCACUAAUAAAUUAAGUGAAUUCACAAAACUUGUUUCAUUGAUAAAAAAAAUUGGUAAGAAGGAAAAAUACCUGAAAAAAUUGCUGGGCUUUUUGCGAAAAGAAUCAUUUUAUGCUGGAUUUUACCGUGGCAGACAAAUAAAACUCAGUGGUCUUUUAAGGCAUUUUUUUUUGUAUCCAGCUUUUAUGAUUUGGGUUUUUCAAUGCAUUAUUGACUGUUUUGUAUUAGAAAUUUAUUUUAAUGCAAGAAAUGUUUCAACCAUUUUAUUGUAUGUAUCACGUUUCUCAUGUCAUUUGUCAUCGAAUAUCAAAAUGUGUAGCUAAAUUAUACCUGCGGCUCCUGAAUGUCAAGGGUACAAGCUUGACAUGGUAUAUGAUUAUGCUUCUUCACAGGGUUCGUACAGUCUUAAAUGGGCUUAAAUUUGAGACCCUUUCUUAGAUAGUGCUUAAAAAAUGAUAAAAAGUGCUUAAAAAGUCCUUGAAUUUUGGCACUGGAUGUCUGUACAAACCCUGCUUCAUGUUACACCAGUUCUGAUUAAUCCAGGAUGCUGAUUCUAGAGUAAUUGAAAUAAAUUUACAACAUAAAUUAUAAUUAUUGAUAUUAAAAUUAUUAAAUUUAUUAAGUUUAUACCAAAAAAAAAAAUUGUAAAGUUAUAAAUAUAUAUAACUACAUAAAUAUACAUGUAUUUGCAAAUGCAUGAGUUAAUUAACAUUGUAUCCAUUAAAAAUAUAGAAUCUUCAUACGACUUGCAUCAAUAAUAUUGUUGUGGCAGUAAAACAAUUUUCUUUGUCAAGUGUUAGAAAUAUUUUUGCUUACUAUUGUAAGAUCUGAAUAUGUUCUUGUCUGUGAUGUAUACUGUAUUAGACACACGUGUUGUGAUUUACUUGUUAGCAAUUGAUUGUUGUAUGAUAUGCCCUGGAAUUAAAUAAUUGAUGACUUGGGAAGAGUCAUCUUCAUUCUAUUACUUGACCUUUGAUGAUAUUUUCCUGAGAAAUGCCAGAAAUUCAUUUUGGUUUAUUGAAAUUUGACAAAUACCCAAAAAUGUGCUUUACUUUCAAGAUGGAAUUUUUGAAAUUUCAGGAAAAGUCCAUUAAAGAUGUUUAGCUAGGUAUUAUGGAUUAAGGAUGAAGCAUUGGGUUUUAUAAGCUUAUUUUAUUUCAUGGAUUAUUUAUUGCCAGUAUUAUAUCUAUGUUGUGUUGAAUCUUUUAUUUCCUUUAUGUUUUUGUUGGGUUUUUUUUUUUCUUUAAAAAUGUUAUAUGAUUGUAUAAGUACGUGUACUUGAGUUUUACUCUUGUCCCCUUGUUUUUGUAAACAUGUAUGGUGAUGUGAUUCCUGCUAGCAAUUUCUCUCUUGUGUUGUUAUUAUUAUUAUUACAUGUAUUAUUUUUCAUUGCAAAAACUAUCUUUGCAUAGAGAACUGUUUUGUUGACCUUUUGGACACAAUAUAUCACAAUUUUCCUGAGGUAAGAAGCAGGGGAUGGACUACAUGUAUACACAAGUUAAUAUGCAAUAACAUGUCCUCUGUAGUUACUGACAAGAUUUUUCAUGUGACUUUUUUUUUCAAAGAAGUCUUGGAUUUUAUAGUAAAUCACGUUGAGGAUUAUCUGCGACUAUAUAAACAUUGAUUGAACUAAAUGUUGUGUGAUUUGUGUACAGUAAAUAAAUGUUUUAACAUUUUUGGGAAAAAAAAAAACAACCAAAGACUGUUUAGCAAAGAUACAAUUUGGUAUAAUUUUGUAAACAAGUUGGUAUAAAUUUUAUUGGUAAAAACUAUUUUGUUUACAAAUUGGUAUAAAAGUUAUUGGCAAGUACACUUUUAUAAUCAAAUUUGUAUUGAAAGUUUAACAGUUAUGUAUGUUAGUGUGUUUAUAACAUAAACUUGUUUUUCUCACACUGUUAGGGUAUGGUUUUAUUUUGAUAUAACAAGGUGCUGUAUAUUUAUAUGUUGGAGUGCUUCACUACGUGGUAGAUUUGUUAGGUAUAUGAUAUUUGAAGAUAACACUGUUUUUUUAUGUUCACAAAUUCUAGUUAAAUGUUAUAUUGUUGAAGGUGUAUCUUUUGAAAUAAACACUUGACCUAAAAUAAACACUUAACCUGAAAUAAACACUUAACUUGUUGGACUUGAAAGUGAUCAGCAUUUAUCAUCAGUCAAGAGCCAGGCCAGCCUGGGUGUCCCUGCACUAUUACCAGGCUGUGGCUGACCAACAUUUUUUUUUUAUCUUGAUGCCCCCCAAAACUGAUAAUGGUCAGUUUCAAUCAUGAAGGCGGACAAGUCCACUAAAGAAAUACAGAAGGGUUAGGGUUUAAGAUUUGAUGUGUUGACAGUAUGGGUUGAUUCUGUAAGGUAAAUAUUUGGCACUCUGACUCGAAUUAUUGGAUAAAUUGACUUUGUAUGAAUUGAAUAUAUAUGUAAGUACUGAGGUUUUGUUAAUGAAAUCAAAGGUUAUUGUACAUGAAAUUUUUUUUGAAAUCAUUUCAUUUUAACUUUUACAAUGCUGAAUUUGUGUACUGUAAUAGACUUUUUUCCCUGCUUUGAACUUUUUAACAAUGUAUUAGUUGUUAAAAGAAUUAUUAAUUAUCGCAACCUUUUAAGUCAUCAGAAUAUAACCUGGUCAAUUUGAACAGAUUUACAGGCUAACCUGGCUUUAUACAAAGGUUUUGCAGUUUGUAUUAUUGCAUGAUUAGUUCAUCAGGUUACAAAUAAUUGAUGUUCAAAAGUAGAUUUUUAAAGUAGUGUCUUGGAUCUCAUUUGAAAUGUUCAUUCAUUAUAAUAAUGUUAAUUGAUAACUUUGGAAACUUAAGGUUUUCUAAGUACAGGAUAUGAAUUCUAGAAAUUAUUGAAACUGUAUGAUGUGACAAAUUUAUAAACGACUAGAAAGGUAUGCAGGCUGGCCUGCUUCUAUAUAGUGGUUAAACAAAUUAAUAUGAGCCUCUUCACGACAAAACUAACGUAAUGCGUUUGCGACCAGCAUGGAUCCAGACCAGCCUGUGCAUCGGCGCAGUCUGAUCAGGAUCCAUGCUGUUCGUAUCAGUUUCUCUACUUGUAAUAGGGUUUUUAAGCGAACAGCAUGGAUCCUGAUCAGACUGCGCGAAUGCGCAGGCUGGUCUGGAUCCAUGCUGGUCGCAAUAGCAUUACUUUGGUUUUGUCAUGACGCGGCUCAUAUGUAUACUAAGGUUCCCAAGGAAUGAUUAGAAUGCUGUUGUUUUUUUUCCCAUAAAGGUAUUCACGGAAUUGCAAGACUUACAAGUUCAUCUCUAUAUAUUUGCUGGGGAUAGAGUUUAGUUUGGCGGACCCCUGAAAUAAACAACUGUUCAUGAAUAAUAUGCUUUUAUCCUGUUCAGAUGUGUAUUUCUGAAUGUAGUUGUUGUUUUUAGAAAUGAAUAUGUAAAACAGCAGGGCUGUGGGGGCAACAGACACAAAUAAAAGCAAGUACAUAUAUAUUAAUAUUGUUUAUCUUCUGGGGUCGGCUAAACUGGAAAGUGUUCCCUUUGCAGGACUAGUCUCCCUCUUAAGAAACAAACUGAAUA